CAGACACUGCUUCUCAAGCUCAUGUUGCCUCUCCUUGGUACACAGCUGCUCUGAAUGAGCAAACUCCAUAGAAAAGAUGAAAUUUGAGGAUCUCUUGCUGGAAAUUGGUGGCUUUGGCAGAUUCCAGAUUUUGAUUUUGUUUAUCCUCUGCCUCCCAAGAAUCAAUCUUCCCAUGCAUUUCCUGCUGCACAAUUUUCUUGCUGCUACUCCCUCUCAUCACUGUGCAAUUCCACACCAAGAGGCAUUUGCGAACCUCACCAUGGAGGAAGUUCUGCUCAUCAGCAUCCCCCGGGAACCCGAUGGCACUUUCAGGUCCUGCGAGAUGUUCUCGCAGCCUCAGUUUCAUCUGCUGCUCAAUUCCUCUCUGCAACCACAAAACAACUCCAGCAUCCAGCACUGCCAGCAUGGAUGGGUCUAUGACCACUCGCAGUUCACCUCCACCAUCUCCACCCAGUGGGACCUUGUGUGCGAGCAGCGUGGACUGAACCAGGCGACUGCAACCUUCUUCUUCAUUGGCGUUACAAUGGGGGCCGUGGUUUUUGGAUACCUUUCAGACAGGUUUGACCCCUUUCAGGCUGUUCCUCCAGUUUCAUGGCAAGAACUUCACUGUGACGUGCAAAAGCUUGUCCAAGUCACUCUGGAGGACAUUGCAUCCCUCUGGCAUGUUGACUGCACCGCUCAGCUCGGUGUCAUCUGCAAACUUGCUGAGGGUGCCCUCAAAUCCACUGUCUAUGUUAUUGAUGCAGAUAUUGAAGAGCACUGGUCCCAGCACAGACCCCUGAGGGACAACGCUUGUCUGGAAAAGAAGCAA